AGAAUUCCGAAAGGUAGAGGGGCGACAGUUUUCGCCUACGGAUUUUCAACCGAAAACUAAAGGCAUAAAGGAAGCACAGACAUUUGCACAAGGAAAUAAACCAAUCAAAAUCCUCCAUUUCCAACCCGGGAAUCGAAAUGGGGGGAAUUUUUUUAUGCGUUAUGCGUUAUGCAAAAAUCUGUGCUCCCGCCUUAAAUAUCGAUGCACUAUUGCACUCUCCAUUCUCCAUUCCACGUUCGUGUCUAACGUAGGGGUUGCCAUGUUGCUGCGUUCUUUAUGUCAAGCACGGUCGAGAUUCGAACGAUUGGUCUCUCCUUACGCAUCGAUUUAUCACGCUAAUCUGGAUCGGCCUUAACCCGUUAUCGUGAUCGGCGACAUUUUCAAGCGUUCGCGACAGUUCGAAUAUGAAUCGAACCAGGUGAUGUGGAUUUGUUUUCUUAUUGCUCGUCACCACGUCCGUUUGUUCAUGAGAAAACGUCGUGGCAGAAACGCGACGCGACAGUGUUCCCCUUUUAGCGCGUCCGCGCUCGUUUCCGUUGUCGAUGUAGGGAUUCGCAGCGCGCUCGCGAGGUUAGGCGCGGUUCUCGAUCUCUCGCGCGAUCGACAACAUCGUGAUGUUGUCACGAAAAAACAAGGAUCUAAGAACGAUCAAGGAGGGAGUGGUUGGGAAAUAUGUGAAAAAGGAAACGCCACCCGAAAUGCCAAUUAUCAAUGUAUGGACUACAGAACCAAAUAAAAGAACGAGACGACGUAACAACCUUCCAGCGAUGACAACUAUGUCUAUUCCUCAACAACCUAGCAUGGUGCAAAAAUUCGGAAAUACAAAGACUACACCCAGUGCCGUUGGUUUGGGUAGUCACGAGGGAAAAUAUACGCCGAAUAGUUCCGUUCCUGAUUUAGCGCAAAGAUUCGCUAAUCUUUCCGUUAAUACGGCAACGAGCGACGGCAUGCUUUCAAGGACCGCAACGCCCAUGUACCACCCUGAAUUAUCGCCCGCAAUGUCCCACACUUAUAUCAAUCAAUACGCUGGAUCGGAGUAUCAUUUGGACAGGGUUCAGACACCGCAGAUGCCUUACGUGCCGUUCGACGUCGACACCGGUUACGAGGACUACAAUCGCUCCGCGUACCGUCAAACUGCUGGCUACAGCAGAUGUCAUUCAGAGAGAUCGAGUUCUCGAUGCGAACAGCAGCAAGAAGAGUUGCCUCUGCCACCGGGAUGGUCGGUCGACUUCACGCUCAGGGGCCGGAAGUAUUACAUCGAUCACAAUACCAAGACUACGCACUGGUCUCACCCACUCGAGAAGGAGGGUUUACCUACGGGAUGGGAGAGAAUCGAGUCACCCGAAUAUGGCGUUUAUUACGUCAAUCACAUCACGCGUCAGGCACAGUACGAACAUCCGUGUUACCCGCACGAGAUGCAAGCGGUGCGCGUUGUGUCGCCACCGCGGCACACUCACUUUCAUUCUCACAGCGUCCUGGUACCUGCCAAUCCAUAUCUAAACGAGGAGAUACCACAUUGGUUAUACGUGUACAGUAGAGCCUCAAUAGCGUUGGAUCGUAAGCUACGUUGGGAGCUAUUUCGUCUACCGGAGCUGGACUGCUUCAAUGCCAUGCUCACUAGGUUGUACAAGCAGGAAUUGGAGGAGGUUGUGAUGCGCUAUGAAGAAUACAGAUCAGCAUUGUUAUGCGAGAUGGAACAGAGACUCAAGGAAUUGAAUCCAGAAUCUAGUGGAUCCAACGCUGGUGCUGUUGCCUUACGAAGGUCUCUUCCCUGAGAGAUGGAUCUUUCGAUCAAACUAUUAUUGACUGAUGGAAAGGUUCCUUAGUGUUACGACGAAUGAUUAAUAAUAUUUUGUCCAUAUAAAUAUACAAUCGAUUUCUUUCGAUUGAACGGUUUUAUUAUAGGAUUGCUCUCGAGUUCAAAGAAAUAAUAAUUAUUAAAUGUUAUCUAUAAAUUA